UGUGUUACUGAGGAUUGAACCUAGGGUUUCACAUUCUGGGCAUGUUUGUCCUUUAAAAAGUUUUUUACAUUAUUUAUUGUGGUUAUUACAUUAUUUUUACAUUUAUUUACUUGUGUGAAAUUGAGUAGAUGUUGAGGUCACAGAACAGCCUAGUAACAUGCUUGUGCAAGUGUGAAGACCUGAAUUCAGAUUCCUGACUCCCACAUAAAAACACUGGGCAUGGUAGCACACGCAUGGAAUUCCAGCACUAGGGAGGUGGAAAAUGGGAAUCUCUGGUGCUUGAUUGCCAGCUAGUGUAGCCAGUCAGCUCCAGGUUAUAUGAGAGACCCUGUCUCAAAAAAAAAAAAAAAAUUAAGUGGACAGCCAGGUGGUAGUGGUACACGUCUUUAAUCCCAGCACUUGGGAGGCAGGGGCAGGUGUUAUCUCUGAGUUCGAAGAUAGCCGGGUGUACAGAGUGAGUUCCAGGACAGCCAAGGCUACAGAGAGAAACUCUGUCUGGGGCGGGGGAAGUGGGUAUUGGGCAUGGUGGUACACACCUUUAAUUCUAGCACUUGGGAGGCAAAGACAGGUGGGCCUCUGAGUUUGAGGACAGCCAGGUAUACAGAGAGAAACUCUGUCUGGGGUGAUGGGAAUGGGUAUUGGGCAUGGUAGUACACACCUUUAAUUCUAGCGCUUGGAGGCAAAGGCAGGUGGACCUCUGUGAGUUUGAGGCCAGCCUGGUCAACAGAUUUCCAGGGUCCCUGUCUCAAAAAAUUAAAUAAAAAAGAUGGAGAAGCUCCUGAGAAAUACCCAGCAUCGACUACACAUACACAUGCCUCUGCCUAGUUAGAUCAAGCCCACUAAGAUAUUUUUCCCAUUGAUAAUUCACCUUAGGGUGCUAGAGAGAUAGCUUCAUUAGAGUGAGAUAGAACAUUAGAUGUGUAACUCUGAGGGCCAGAGUUCAGAUCCCAGCAUAUAAGUAAUCAGGGUAUUGUGCAAACAGCCUAACUCCAGCUCUGGGAGUAGUCUUUGUCUUUCUCACCCUCACACGUGUACACAUACACACAAACAUUAAAGACAUAGACUGAGCUGGUGAGAUGACUCAUUCGGUAAACAUACUUGCUGUGUAGAUAUGACAGCCUGCGGCGUUCAGUUCCUGGAUGCCAUGGUAGAAGGAGAGAACGGAUUCCUGAAAGUUGUUCUCUGACCUCCACACAAGUGCCAGGGGAAUCACAUGCCCAUCUUCUCAACACACACAUUCCACUUUGUUCAGGUCUCCACUUCAGGCUUUCAUGACAUUUGCAAAGUCUCUGAGGAUUUGUCAUAGCCUGUUAUCUAGAAACAGAGCAGAGAUUGUGUGAACCGUCCAGAGAAGGUGAUCAUGAGAGAGGGAUUAGGAAGGUGGAGAAAUGUGGUGGAGAUCGUGAAGUCAGAUGUCCGUGGUAAAGCAGUCACAGCGCACCAGCUGAUUAGUGGGCUACUCUAGACCUCAGCUGGCUCUACAGUCAUCUAAGCAGUGCUCAACUCUUAACAUGCCCCUUUGCUGGGUAGUGUGCAGAGAGGUGGUGCACCACUGGAAACACGCUUCUUUGAAUUUGUGGCAUUUUCUUUAUUUGUUCAGAAGACACCCAAAGGGGACGCUUUGCUCCAUCUGGGACUCGCAGCUUAAGGGUGGCUUCCCCAGGCAAUGUCUGCUGCCUAUUUUGAGCAUGCGAUUUGCUGAUAUUCUGCUAUAUAUGUGAUGUUUCCUUCUAUCUGCUCUAUGUAAUUCUAUGUUUGCUUUUGUUUGUUAUGUACUUAAUAAACUCAUUCCAAAGCAAGAAUAGGGCUUUUGUAGAUCACACUGGCUGGACAAAACAGCGUGCUGAGAGUGAGGACUUCAUCUCUCUGAGCUGAUGCUUCUGUACAUGUAAAGUGAGACCAUUAGUCUUCCUGGUGGGCUACAUGGCUUACAGAUUCUUUUCCUGGCAUCAGAUGAGUUAGAGCUGCUCUGCUAUCUGGCAGUAAUGUGUUAAUCCAGUCAUGAUGUGGGAGAGUCUUCUGUUUUGUGUUGAUUUCAUUGGUUAAUAAAGAAACUGCCUUGGCCCUUUAAUAGGACAAAAAAUUAGGUAGGCGGAGUAGACAGAACAGAAUGCUGGGAUGAAGAAGCCGAGUCAGGCAGUCGCCAUGAUUCUCCCACUCCAGACAGGUGCUCUUCUUCCUGUUAACCCAGUCUGCCUUGAGGAAAAGAAAAAGGCAGAGAAUAUGGUAGUCCGCGGCCUGAGAGAUUUUUAUCAGGACUCGGUGACCUUUGAUGAUGUGGCUGUGGACUUCACCCAAGAGGAGUGGGCUAUAAUGGAUCAAACUCAGAAAGACCUCUACAGGGAAGUGAUGCUGGAGAACUACCAGAACCUGGCCUCAGCAGGAUAUGAGGUCGUCAAACCCAGUCUGAUCUCCUGGUUGGAGGAGGAAGAUUUACAGGAAGUGCAGAGAGAAGGUUUCCAGGGUGAGUAGGCAUGGGGAAACAAUUGUGAUCAGGAAGUUCCUUAAGUUUGACAAUAGGAUGGAGGGUUUUU